AUGACUACUGUCGAGAACCAACACGUCCAAGUUCCACCAGCUCCCAACGACGACUACUACCCAGACGAUGCUGGAUUUCCCACCAGCCCAGGACAACUCGAACCCAUGAAAAUUAACUUCAGGCCAUCGUCGACUCCUCCACUGGCCGUUCCAUUACCUCCCGUCAGUCCCGAUUCCAGCUCCCCCGGCAGUCCCGAUCGCAAGAGCUCCUACAAACCGAAAGUUCGUCCCAGUCUAAGCGAUGCUGUAUUGAUUGAUUACAUGGGUAGUUUUCGGCAUUCUGACACGGCGCGCAAAGCUGGGUAUGAGCCUUUAGCCUCGGGGGAAGAGGAGGAUAUCACAAUGGGCGGUGUCGAGAUCACCAUAGAAAAGGACGACGAGAAGGGAAACAUGGAGAAGGAUGUGAGAGAUGAAGAAGAAGUAGGAGAUGAACCGGUAGAAAGAAUUGGAGUAGAGCAGUACGAUCUCUCCUCCGUGGCAGCAAGAGCUAUGAACGUAUUGAAGGGCAGCUCCCCACCAACACCCACCCAAGCGAUCCCUGCGACGAAGUGCGCCGAGCCAAUUUCGGAUACGAGAAGUGCAGAAAGAGAUAUUAUGGAAGAUGUUAAGCCGACGAUACCUUCAAUAACAGCUACAUUGAUGGGUGGGGCUCGGCUGCAUCCUUCACCAGACCCAAAUGUCAAGCUUGAGAUUAAAGCUCCUGGAGAACUCCCACCAAUUCGCCACAACUCGCCGCAUUCGGUCUCAAAUGGGAAUGGAGGCCCAAUAACUCUUCCGUCAAUAACGGAUCAACUUGGAGAUAUCAGUCAUAUUCCAGAACCUCUUCAGACAAGCAAUUCCCCCUUCGCGCAGUCCCCCCCAGGCCCAGGCCGACCUCCACAAUUCGCUACUGUUCCAGGCCACGGCUCACCUCCAAAAUCACCUAAUGAAUAUCGGAGGGAACUUCCAUCACCAGGUCGUAGCGGCUUUUAUACUACAUUUGGGCAUGGUUCAGGGCUUCAUCGAAGGCAAUCUCAGACAGAUGGCCAUCAGUACUCGAGCACUGGCGAAUAUAGUAGUAGUACCAACGAAACUCCUAGUACUGAUCCUUCGGGUGCCACGCCUACAAUUGAUAGGAUGAGUAUUGAUGGCAUAACGAAUCCGCAAAUCGGUGGGUUUCAAUGCACUUAUCCGGGUUGUAUGGCGCAACCAUUUCAGACACAGGUGGGCUAUACAUUGAUUGUGUCAUCUGAAGGAAGCUUAGACUAA